CGUACUGCCGCUGACGAAUAACGUUCAGUCGAGACCGAGCUCAUCCGCGAUACAGUUGCUUUUCGCAUCCAACAGACAAAAUGGCUGAUGUUCCCAAGCGUGAAAUUGAAAAUGUCGAAUUCGUGUUCGAAGUCAUGGGUUCCGCCGGCGAGGGCAUUGAUGCCGUCGAUCUAGGCGAUGCUCUGCGUGCCCUGAACUUGAACCCCACCUUGGCUCUGAUCGAGAAAAUGGGUGGCACCAAGAAGCGCAACGAGAAGAAGAUCAAGAUGGACGAAUUCCUGCCCAUUUACUCACAGGUCAAGAAGGAGAAGGAGCAGGGCUGCUACGAGGACUUCAUUGAGUGCUUGAAGCUCUACGACAAGGAGGAGAACGGCACCAUGAUGCUCGCUGAGCUGCAGCACGCCCUGCUGGCGCUUGGUGAGAGCUUGGAUGACGAGCAGGUUGAGACUCUGUUCGCUGACUGCAUGGAUCCCGAGGACGAUGAGGGAUUGAUCCCCUACUCUCAGUUCAUCCAGCGCCUGAUGAGCGAUCCCGUCGUCUUCGACUAAACACAUUCCUCGCCAGAAUGUGUGAAAGACCAGAUAUGUUGAAGUGAAUAUGAAAUGAAUGAAAUGAGUUGUUGAGACCGACAUCCAAUCAACAACAACUGAAACAACACCAACAGAUUUUUAGCAACAACCAUUCUCCAUAGAUGUUAUAUUCAUCGCUAACUCUCUCUAUCUCUCUCUCGUAUAUUAUUUUAAUUAAAUUUUACUUCUGCUACUACAACUGCAA